AUGGCUUCCUCUUCUUCCAGCAGGCCUGCCAAACUCCAAAAGCUCAAUGACAUCAGGAGGUCAUGUCCAUUUGUGAGCCAAUCAGCCUUACAGAGCUUGCUGUGCAAGAUCCACCAAGAAGGAAUGCCAAACUUGAAAUACAAGAGAGAUAUGAAGGAAGCAACCAGGUUGCAGUUGUCUUCCAUGGAUGCAUAUGGGCCAUUGCUGCUUGAAGCCAAUGUGGCCACUACAGAAGGAACCAUGGAGCCAAUUUGGAUUGUCAAUUUGUUGAGCUUGUUGGUUGGUGUCUACCAGCUGAAUGGCUCAUGGGCCAAUUUUUUUCACAAUGCACAUGCAAAGAACCCAAGCAGUCCACAGAAGCCAUGGCAGCUACUGCUAUAUUCAGAUGAAGUGGUUCCAGGGAACCAAUUGGCUGCCAGACAAAACAGGAAGGUUUUUGCCAUAUAUGCUUCUUUUGCCCAGCACAUGACCAUGCUCCAGUGUGAAGAUGCAUGGUUCAUAUUGGCAUUGCUGCCAUCCACUAUAGUGGCUCAGUUGGAAGCCAGCAUUGGCCAGGUGUUUGCCAAGAUCAUUGAAGCAACUUUCUUGGGACCAGCUUGUGACCCAAGGAAUGGCUUGUACAUGCCACACCCAAAUGGCACCAUGGAUCUGAUGCUAUACUUUGAUUUGGGUGGCUUUGUCCAAGAUGGCUUGGCCAUGAAGCAAACUUUCAAUAUCAAAGGUGCAUCAGGGGACAAGUUCUGCAUGUUCUGUUCCAACAUCAGAUCCAUAGCUUUGGAAUUGCCAGCAGAUACCCCAGAGGAAGACAUACCAGGAUCCAAUGUCACCAGGCUUGCAGAUUGCAUUUUAGCCACAGACCAAGAAGUGCUGCAAGCCUUCCAAGUGUGCAAGCAGAAAUCCAGGGCACUUUCCAAGAAGCAUUUUGAGUUGUGGGAGAGGGCCAGUGGCAUCACCUUCAGCCACCAUGCCCUCCUGCUCCAUCAGCCACUUUUGGAUAGCAACCUCUUGAAGCCAAUCAGUGGCUACAUCCAUGACUGGAUGCACACCAUGGCUUCCCAAGGGGUGAUGCAAAGAUCCAUUUGGCUCUUGCUUUCCCAGCUGGACAUGCCAUGGGGCAGUAUCCAAGAAUUUCUCCAGCUGUGGACCUUGCCAAAGGCCAUGGCCAAAGCAGGGAAGCUCCAUGAUUUGUUUGCAGCCAAGAGAACCAAAUUCUACAAGGAAAAUUCCAAGUUCAAAUGUACAGCAUCAGAAGCCAUUGGUCUUACCACCAUGCUGGAAUACUUGGUGAAUUCCAUUUGUGUGCCAGCUGGUGUUCACCCAGGGCAAUGCCAAAGCUUCUUGGCCAUGGCAAAAGUCAUGGACAUGUUGCAAGCUAUCCCACUUGGCUGUGUUCAACCACCCAUGUUGCAGCAUCUAGGCAGAAACAGUGCAUAAGCCAUGUGUUUGCACCCCUUGUUCUCAUGCAUGCUGAUGUGAACUGAGGCAAGCCAUUGAAGAUGCCUUGGCCUUGUUCAAGGAAACCAAUGGUGAAAACCAGAUGCUGAGGAAGCACCAUUGGAUGCUCCAUUUGAGCAGCCACUUGGACUUAUGGAAGUGUCUUCCCAAUUGCUGGAGCCUUGAAAGGAAACACAAAACUGUCAUGAUGUUUGCCAACCAUUGCAAGAGGAUCAAUGGUUUCAGUCUCAGUUUGCUGGAAGAAUGCUUGUCCCAUGAUUUGUACAAUUUACAGCAUUCAGACCACCUGCAGCCAGGGGUGAAACUCUUGAACAGGCACCAUCCAAGUGUUAAGGCCAAUGCUUUUCUUUCUGCUGCAAUUUUCAAGCAGGCAAUUCCAAAGGAACAUGUUUGGACUGCCACUUCAGCAAAGCUGGCACUAGGGGGCUCCAUCCACCAAAAAGAUUUCAUUUUGAUUAGGAGCACCAAUGCCUACAAGUGGCAAGUUGCCAGAAUGGAGCAACACUUUGAAGUCCAAAGUGUUUUGUAUUCCAUAGUGACUUUUUGUACUUGCAUAGAAUACUCAUUUGUAACCCAUUCAGCUCAAGUUCAAAUCCAUGACCAGCUGCAGUUGAUAGAGACUGAGUCCAUCCUUUGCCCUGUGAUUUAUGCAGAGGAACAAAGAGCCAUAAGGGUUCUCAUCCCAUGGGCUUACAGGCCCAGCAAGGAUUAG